AUGGAUACUGACCUCAAAUGUAACCGUCUGAACUGUCGGAGGGCGCUGAAUGACAAGGCAGUGAACGAUCCAACAAUUAUCUCAGUUUUCAUACCAUCCUGUCGAUUCCUAUUUACAGUCGAUUGUGCGAAUGAGCUCUUUGGUGCUGCAAGACUUUGCCCAGCUUGUGAAACUUCCCUUACAGAACCGUGCGUUCCACUUGGCCUGCUGCGUUGGACGAUACCCUAUAACACCUCUCUUACUGUGUGCUCCCUGCACCCCACCAACGACUACAAGACGUCUGUCCUGUCAGGCUUGAAUCCGUCGACGAUUCUUGAGAUAUGCAGCCGGGCAGUAUCGUUCUGGCAGUAUCAGAUCCACCAGGAGAAUUCAUUCCAGCAAGCUGUUCUUCGCAACCUUAACGAUAAGAUCGCCAUCCUCCAGAAACAGCUCGAUAAUGUUGUACGCGAAGCGAACGGAGAGAUUAACUUGUUGAGCAACAAAGUCUUAGAACUCGAGCGCGACGCCGAAGUCGAACGGCGUAAAAUCCGGGACAUGCAAGAUGCCGCUAAAGAACGGGACAAGGAAUACCAAAAGCUCAAAGUCACUGACCAUUCUUUACCCACCCCGCACAUCCCUCUUCUGCCGUCUGCUGCUGAUAACUUACUAUGUCAUCGAUGUAACUAUAGGGCCAAUACGACAAAAUCAAGCGCAAAGCCCUCCUAG